GCAAUGGAUCAACAUGCUUUUUCUAACGCUUUUCUUUUCCAUAAAAUGCUAAAUAUAUUCUACAUAAAAAUUAGCUUAAUAGAAACCAAUAAUUAUUUAUCUUAUUCGGCGCUCAUUACGAGCCACUGAUUGCAUGUUUAACCAAACUAUAUACUCAGUAACUAGGUAAAAAUAGAUAAAAUAUAUGAACACAUCGCAUGCAGAAUGUAAAAAUAAAAAUUAUAUUUUGAACUAUUAAUAAAUUAUUUAAUAAUUGAAUUUUAUGUCAAAACGAUCAAACUAAAUUUGUUGAUGUUUGGAGCACUGGAAGUGUACGACAAAUAUUAAAGGAAAAUAAUUUUCAAGCUUUAAACAACUAAAAACUAGAUUGAACAAAGAAUAGAAAAAUCUUUGUAAUAAUUAGCAAAAUUUGUAAGAGACUUGACGAACUAAUAAAAAUUCGUAUAUAACAAAUACGUGAUAGUUAAAUGAGAUUUUUAUGUAAUCAGAUUAAUAUAAGAAUAUUUUUCGUUUUUCCUUUAAAUAAAAUAUCAUAUUGAUCUACAGCAAGAAAUUUAUUCUCACAUUCUUAUAUUUAUAUUUGUAUUAUUAGAAAUCGUUAUUCUCUACUUGCAUAUAAACUGAUUUUAUCGCGCCUGAAGACCUAUCAAAUACCCUAUAUUUUGUUAGACAGUCGAAUACUCUAUAGAAUGGACUAUUGACAUGUUUUUUUAAAAUUAUAUUCAAAAUAUUUUCUUUUCUGUCUACAUGCUCUGCCAACAAUGAUAUUUUCGUUUUAUAUAUCAGUCAUAAAACUCAAUGAUAAGGUGUAUUAGAGAGUUGAAAUUUUGUAUAAAUUUGAAAUAGUUAUAAAGAAUAUAACAUAUAAAAAUAUUGUUCGAAUCAAUUAAUAAUAACAAAAAUUAUCUGUCAAAUAUCAUUAAAUUUUCAAUUGUAUUAAAAAAAUUACAAUAUGCUCAUAUAUAUCAUUUAUAUCUUUAUAGAAAAGGAAGAAAGUUCUAAUUUUUGCAUUCUCGUAUCAGAUUAUGAAAAGUCUCAAGUGUUAAUACUUUAAAAGAUAAAAACAAAAAUUUAUCUUAAAUCAAUUUUUAGAUCACCAUAUGGAAAACCAGUUGAUAUUUGGGCAUGCGGAUGUAUUAUGGCGGAACUUACUACUGGUCAAGCAUUAUUUGCGGGCGAAAGUGAUAUUGAUCAAUUGUAUCGUAUUCAAAAAUGUUUAGGACCAUUACCAGCUAAAUAUAUGGAAGCAAUGAAGACAAAUCCUAAAUUUGAUGGAUUAAAAUUUCCUCCUAUUCAUCAGUUGGAAACUUUAGAACGACGUUAUGGUCAUUUAUUUCCACCUGAUAUAAUGCAUUUAUUUAAAGGAGCUUUACGUUUAUUUGCUGCCGAUCGUUUAACAGCUGAAGCAUGUAUUCAACAUGAAGCAUUUGUUUAUUUGAAUCAGAAACAACAACAUCAACAAAAACGUUUACAACGACAACAACAUCGACCAAAAACUGUUCUUGCUUCUACAAGUACAUCUCAAGGACAACAUGAUCAUAACAAUGAAAUGGUACAUUUUGCUAUACCAUUUGUUGAUAGUCGUUUAAGAGGUUUAUUAACAUUAUUAACACCAUUAUCAGCUCGUGUUCAUAUUAGAUUAUUAAUUGCAGUACGAUUUUUAACUGGUAUUAUACCACCAUCAGAACGUCGUACAGUUCCAUCAGGAGCACAAACUGGUGGAAUUUUUGGAAUAAUUACUACUACAUCAUUAGUUAGUAUUAUGAUUGGAGAACAUUUUCUUGGUGGAUGGCCAUCAACAUUUAAUGUCUUUGAUGUAUUUUCUUGUUUAUGGUUUCUUGGUUGA